GCAAAACUUGCUGUUGACAAUAAAUUCGUCAGCAAAAGAUCGAACCUCUACCAAUGUGGCGAUUCCUAGCAGGCGCCGCCAAGACCUUCGGCUUCAUCCACUUCAUCGACUCCUACAUCUUCUCCUUUGGCUAUGUCCGUAAACCCUAAACCCUCCCUUCCUCAUUCAUCCAAACCCUCUUAACCUCUACCGAGUAUGCUCCCCACCUUCAAUUCCACCGGCGACAUCUUUCUUGAGGAGCGCUUAUCCCACCGGUUUGGGCGGCUCGUCCCCGGUGACGUCGUCGUUGUUCCGUCACCCGAUAACCCCAAGAUGAUGGUCGCCAAGCGGAUCAUCGGUUUGGAAGGUGAUAAGGUUCCUAAGGGGCAUGUUUGGAUUCAGGGAGACAACACUUAUGAAUCCCAUGAUUCACGGUCACAUGGACCUGUGCCUUACGGUCUUAUUCAAGGCAGAGUGUUUUGCAGGGUAUGGCCGUUUGAUGAUUUUGGAUUCGUGCGUGACCAAGUGGCUGAAGGUUCUGGACCUGUGCCAAAUGAAAAGUGUUCUACUGCAUUGCCUCUGGGACUUCAGAAGACCACUCGGGUUUGAUUUUGGGGACAUCUACACCCUUUCUCUAUCACGAUGUGAAUAUAAGAUGGUCCAGCUGGUACAGUGAAGUGUCAUAU